GGCUUCCUCUCGUCCUCACGGCUGUCACGUGCAUAACGGGAAACACAGGUCGGUCGCACGUCACGCUUAACCCGAAGCCCUCCGUCAGUACGGCGUAUCUCGCUCACACACAGACACGCACACGCCCCAAUGCACGCGGAGGGAGAGGCGGCGUGGGUGCGUAUCAUCCGGAUGCAGCGUGGCAUUUUGCACCUUCAAACUGGUACCGCAGCGCAGCCGCAUCGGAGGCUUCACGCUGCUUUGCGUUGUCCGGCGUGACCGCAUCUACUUGUUGGUUGUUCCUCAAUAAGACCACUGCUCUUCAUUUUGCAGCCGUCCGGCAGAACUCCCAGAUCCGUCCUCCUCAGUAUUCUGCUGCUGUCUGUGGCAAAGUUCACCCCGCGGCACACAAAAGAGGUGGACACGGUUAAGGAGACAAAGAAGAAGGCCACCAGGCUGUUAAUGCGUGAUUGACAGUAAAAGGUUGAUUCACACAGCUGUUAGUGGCAGGAACUUCCUGCCUUGGCUAUCCUCGCGUGACACAAUCGCUCUUCCGUUACUUAACACCAUGUGAUCUGGCAAGCAGGUAUUUUGUCUAUAAACAAGUCAAGCAGCAGGGUCUGUGGGAUGAAAGUGCAAAGACAGCAAAAGAGAGGAAAAAACAACCAUGCCGAAAAAUGACCAGAUGGUCUACAUCGGCCUGGAGCUGGUGAUUGCUUUCCUGUCGGUGGCUGGGAACGUCCUGGUCUGCUGGGCCGUCUGCCUCAACUCCAACCUGCAGAGCAUCACCAACUUCUUCGUGGUGUCACUGGCAGUGGCUGAUAUCGCUGUUGGGCUGCUGGCAAUUCCAUUUGCUAUCACCAUUAGCACCGGCUUCUGUGCCGACUUCUUUGGCUGCCUGUUCAUUGCUUGCUUCGUGCUCAUACUCACCCAGAGCUCCAUCUUCAGCCUGCUGGCCAUCGCUGUAGACCGCUACAUCGCUAUCAAGGACCCGCUCAGGUACAACAGCCUGGUGACUGGGGUGAGGGCAAAGUGUGUCAUCACAUUGUGCUGGGUCCUCUCAGUGGGCAUCGGCCUGACACCGAUGCUAGGCUGGAACAGAGGUAGGAACAGCACCGCUGCGGCGAGAAGCAAAAUCUGCCCUGAAGGCUUGACGGAGUGCCUGUUUGAAGAAGUGGUUACGAUGGGCUACAUGGUCUAUUUCAAUUUUUUCGGCUGUGUGCUAGUUCCCUUAGCGUUAAUGCUGGUCAUCUAUACAAAUAUCUUCAUGGCCGCUCGGCGCCAGCUGCGGCUGAUGGGGUCAAAAGUGGUUCGCGCUCCUUCCCCUGGGGAAAGCGCCUCGCCCCGUUCGCCUCGAUCAACCUUGCAGAAAGAGGUGCAUGCUGCCAAAUCGCUGGCAAUCAUUGUGGGUUUGUUUGCCCUGUGUUGGCUUCCGCUGCACAUCAUAAACUGCUUCAACUACCUGUGUCGUAACUGCGGCCGUGCACACAUCUGGGUGAUGAACAUUGCCAUCAUCCUCUCCCAUGCAAACUCUGUUGUGAAUCCCUUCAUCUAUGCGUUUCACAUUCUGGAGUUCAGACAGACCUUUUGGAGGAUCCUGUACCAGCGCAUCCUCCGGCAGAGGGAUGGACAUGGGUUCGGGUUUGGGAGUGGAUGCGGCCGAGGUGUUGGGAGCAGCAGCAACAUUCAGACUUCCCCCCGUACCAGCAAAGAGGAUUCAUCGGGUGGCACGGUCAUGAAUACCUUCGUCCCGAAUGACAGUCCCUUACGGACUCCACCAAAAGCAGCUGGCAAGGCAGCUAGCCAAUGGACAUCAAUGACAGACGCUGCGCCAAGCAGCCAACUACCCAACGGACACCAGGAAAAAGGGAGCAACCUGCCUGCAAUGCAGCAGCAACAUCCAUGCAUUUUAGGCUUUGCUCCUCAGGAUGGAGUUGAGUCGGUCGCAGAUCAGAGGAGAAAGAUAGACAUCCUGGAAGUGAAAGACAGUGGAAGUUGCAUUUCUUUUGUGAACGUUCAGGAUCUCUCCCUAAAACAGGCCGAAUGUCCAGAGCUCACAGAAGUGAGCUCAUGACAAAGAUAUUUAGUUAUUUUAGAAAAUGUGUUGUAUUCAUGUCAAACAUUUGAUUGGCUGCAAACAUGGAACAUGAAGAAGGAUUCAUGAAGCUUACAGCAAAUCUGUUUCUCUUUCUGAAGUCACAUAAUCUGGUUACUGGGAAUAUUUUUAUCAUCAAAUCAUUUUCCCAAGAUAAAUGUGCACCGUUGAGGUUGCAUGCCUUUUAAACAAUGUUCAUUUUUUAAGUCAUUGCAUUAUAUCGUUAUCAUCGUGUAUUUUGACAGGCAUCUUUUAAGAAAAUCAUUCCAUAUGCCGCUAGUGUGGCCAGUUUCAGAGUCGGUCUUGCAGAAAUAGACAGCAUCCAAAACCCAUGUACAGCACACACACACACACACGUAAAGUACAUACACAUGGCUGCAGACUACUCAGCAAGGUGUGUUUACAGAGUGGCCUGGCUGCUGACGCCAGUCAAUGAGCCUAAUGCAAUGGAAAUCAAAUGAAGGAUCAUUUGGCGAUGUCUUUUAUUAUGCCAUUACGUUUUCGCUUUCCUCAUUAAAAAGCCCUUCCAUUGUGGGAAAGGCUGCAUUGAGCAAUAUUUACGUGCUCUGAGGUAAAAUGGAGAGAAAGAAAUAGAGAUAUAAGGGCCUGCAUCUAUUGUAGAUUAUUGUAUAUUUAUUGAGAAUGCAUAUUAAUGUUUCAAAAUAUAUAUUUCGGUCAAGCCCAGGGGUAUUCAAAUCGAUGAAGCCAUUUCAUGUUAAUACUGUUUUUGUUGGUGCUAUUUGGACUAUCGCGAGCUGAAGGUUAUGAAAAGUAUGUGGUAAUUUGUGAUUCCAUUCUGAGUCAAAACAUUUCAAAAUAAUAAAAUAAACAAAACCCCAAAUGAACAAAGGACUGUUUAAGUUUUAUGCCAUAACAGCCGCCAGAUCUACCUGACAGGCAAGGCUCCAGCUCGAUGAACGAGUGUGCGGUGUUCAGAUGGGAAACAAUGCAGCGGUUGUUUUUAUAGAAAUGACAUUGGCAUGCAAAAUGUAUAUGCAGUUCUUUAAGUACAUGCAAAUUAGCAGAAUCAAACAAUAACAUAAUAACAGUGUCGUAAAGGUCAAAGUAUUGUUUGUUUUUGGAUUCUCUUUGCGUCCUCUCUCGGGCCAAUGCAGUGAUAUACCAACAUAAAUAAAAGACUUGCCGACUAUUAUCUAGUUCAAAGGCAUUGCUUCAGUGAGAAAGCAUGCUCCGUGUACCUGUUUUAAUAAAACACGGAAUCUAUAGCAUAUGUAAUGUUUUGUGUGAUUUUAGUAUGCACAUUUUUACUAAUGUGUUCCUCCAUAGAAAGCCUUGCUGUAUUACAAUAACAAUGACCUCUCGCAAAACAAGUUGGCAGACUUUGCAAUGGCACC